AGUGUUUUGUUUUGACAAACAUUUACGGAGCAGGAAGUGGACCCUGAAGUAUCCACGAGCAGGCUGCUCUCCUCCGGCUCGAUCCCUGCCGUUCCCGCUUCCAGACACUAGGGGGAGACUGUGAACCAGCCAAGCUGCGCCUGUCAGGCUUUAAAGAGUCCCACAGCAGGCUGGGAGGGUUCAGACAGAGAGCUGCAACUCACCGGCCUCCGGGACACCUCGCACUCUCCGUCCGGGAUGGAGAAACACGCCUCAGAUCCGGACCCAUCCCGGCAGCGGAACGGGUUCGUGGGCGUGCUGUACGGGGAGUUCACCGACACCCUGAACGACAGCGUCCGGUACUCGGUGAGCCUGACGGAGAGCGCCCUGACCAUCCAGAGGAUCUCGUCGUCGCCCGGCCGGAGUCAGGUGGUCUUCAACUUGACGGACUGUGUCGGCUGCCGGGCGUACCGAGGAGCGGACGGCGCGGACGUCGGCGCCUUCUUCACGGCGUAUUUCUACCCGUUUAAGCGGCGCUGGAUGAGCGCCGGGCUGACCCGGCAAAGAGUGGAGCAGUGUUUUCGGGUGGCGCUGGUCCAGGACCCGCUGGUCAACCUCCGGGAGGCUGAGAGGUGGGCGCGCGCCAUCAGAGAUGCCUCGGGGCUGCAGGCUCCACGGAGAGACGGUGUGGCGUACGCGGAGUUGCGCAGACCGUGCCGGACCAUGAUCCUGGUGAACCCCCACAGCGGGCGUGGCCAGGCGCUCCAGCUCUUCACGGACCACGUCCAGGGCAUGCUGACUGAGGCCUCCGUCCCCUACACGCUCGUCAUCACAGAGCACCAGAACCAUGCGCGGGAGCUGGUGAGGAAGGCCGACCUGUCGCAGUGGGACGCUCUGGUUAUCAUGUCCGGUGAUGGGCUACUGUUUGAGGUGAUAAAUGGUCUGAUGGAGCGAGAAGACUGGCAACAAGCCAUCCAGACCCCUUUGGGUAUCCUGCCAGGCGGUUCUGGCAAUGCCCUGGCUGCAUCCAUCCACCACUACUCCCA